AUGAAGUUCUUCGCCGUCCUGACUCUGGCCACCUCCGCGGUGGCCAUUGCCGUCGAGCCCCGCCACCAUGCUGGCAAGAAGACGACCGCCACGACUUCAGCUGCCGCCGCUGCCAAUGUCAAUGCCGCUGCUUCCACACUGGCUGCCUGCGAGGCGAGCGCUGCUGUCGCCAGACGCCAUCACGCCGGCAAGAAGACGACUCACACGGCCACCGCUGCCGCUGCCGCUGACGCUGCCUGCGCCUCGGCCUCGGCCGCUGUUGCUGCUGACUGUGCUCAGGCUGGUGCCAUUGCACGCCGCCAUCACGCCGGCAAGAAGACUGGCAAUGGCGGCAACAACAACAACAACGCUGCUAACAAUGCGGCUACCGUGACCACGGCCGACGAGGUCGAGGCCGCUGCCGUUGCUGCUUGCCAGGCGUCUGUGCAGGCUGUCGCCAAGCGCCAUCUGGACGAGAUGGAGAAGCGCCACCACGCUGGUAAGAAGACGAAGCACACCACCACGGCCGCUGCCGACGCAGCUGCUGCCUCCGACACUGCCGCUGCUGAUGCCGCUGCUCCUUCGGCGGCUGCGAGCAACGUCGUCGCCGCUGCCUCGUCUCUGGCUGCCUGCCAGGCCACCGCCGAUGCUGUUGCCAAGCGUCACCACGCUGGCAAGAAGACCACGCCGGCUGCCACGCAGGCUGCGGCGGCCAACAACGCUGCCGCUGCCUGCGCAUCCGAGUCAGCUGCGGUCACUUCCGAGUGCGCUCAGGUCGGUGCUCUGGCUCGCCGCCACCACGCCGGCAAGAAGACGUCGGGUAACAACGGCAACAACGGCAACAACGCUGCUAACAAUGCCGCCACGGCCACCACUGCCGACGAGGCCGAGUCUGCUGCUGUCGCUGCUUGCCAGGCUACUGCCAACGCUGUUGCCAAGCGCCACUUUGCCGAGGUCACCAAGCGCCACCACGCCGGCCAGAAAACCAACACUGGCAACAACAAUGCUGGUCACAACAACGCUGGUAACAACGCUGGUAACGCUGGUAACAACGCUGCCAACAACGCUGCCAACAACAACGCCGCCACGGGCUGCCCACCGACCACGGCUGACGCCUGUGCUGCCAUUGCCCGUCGUCACCACGCUGGCCAAAAGACCAACAACGGUGGUGCGGCUGCUAACAACAAUAACAACAACAACAACAAUGCGGCCGAUGCUGCCAACGCAGCCGAACUGGCUGCCUGCCACGCGGCGGCGGCUGUUGCCAAGCGCCACCACGCUGGCAAGAAGACCACUGGCAGUGGCAACGCGUGCCCGCAGUAG